AAUUGCAAAACGACCCCUCUUUUCUUUUUUUCUUGUUUUAUUUUGGGGCUUAAUGCAAGUUUAUCAUGAGCUGAAACCAUGAGAUUAUUUACUUCGAAAAAGAACCAAGAAAAAAAAAUUGAAGAUGAAAGCGAAAAGAAGAAAUGACUAGCGAGGUGCAUGACGAUAUCAAAUAUCAAAUGGAGUAGUAGGGAAUGGUUAUCGCUUUAUGGGGAAGGUAACGGCCACAACAACUCCUCUGUUCUUCCAAUCAAAGCUCCUCUGCAUUUCUCUCCUGUAUCUCUUCACCACUCUUUUACUUGCUCUCUACAACUCUCUCUCCCCUACCAAAUGCCUCUUCAGAUCCUCUCCUUUCGAUCCAAUCCAAACGCCUUUCUUCUCUUACCCUCAUUCCUAUGGAGAACACAAGUAUGCUAUCCCCACUGACCGCUCUUUCUGCUCCUCCCCUGUUUUUUUCUCAGAUUAUGGUGUGGUGGUGGAUGAGAUCAAAGAUUUGUGUAAGAAUUCUUCAGCAUUUUUGCCGGUUCUGAGUUAUUUACAGGGGAAAGGUGACACUUUUGGUGGAAAUUUGAGUACCCAGAAGAGAAUUACGUAUUUUAAUCAUUCCAAUAAUGGCGUGAAAGUCCCUUGUGGAUUUUUAAAGAAGUUUCCAGUUAGUGAUUCUGAUCGAAUUGCCAUGGAAAACUGCAACGAAGUUGUUGUAGUAUCUGCAAUCUUCAACGACCACGAUAAAAUCCGGCAACCGAUAGGUCUGGGAUCCAAAACCCUAGAGAGCGUAUGUUUCUUCAUGUUCAUAGAUGAUAUAACUCUUAGAGGACUUUAUAAUCACAAAUUGAUCCCACAAAACUCACCUGACUAUAAAGUCGGUGUUUGGAGAAUUGUUAAAGUUUCUUCCAAGAAAUUGUAUGAGAAUCCUGCAAUGAACGGAGUGAUACCAAAAUAUUUGGUACAUAGACUUUUCCCGAACUCCAAAUUCAGCAUUUGGAUAGACGCGAAGCUGCAGCUAAUGGUUGAUCCAUUGCUGUUGAUAAAUUCCCUUGUUGUAUCCACGAACGCGGACAUGGCUAUAUCGAAGCAUCCUUACUAUAUUCAUACUAUGGAAGAAGCUAUGGCGACCGCAAGGUGGAAGAAAUGGUCGGAUGUUGGUGCCUUGACGAGACAAAUGGAGACGUACUGUGAAAAUGGGUUGCAGUCAUGGACUCCCAAUAAGCUCCCCUAUACCACAGAUGUGCCAGAUAGUGCAUUAAUCUUGAGGAAGCAUGGAUUGGGCAGCAAUCUUUUCUCCUGCCUAUUGUUCAAUGAGUUGGAAGCAUUCAACCCCAGGGACCAACUGGCCUUUGCCUACGUGAGAGAUCAGAUGAACCCAAAGCUCGAGUUGAACAUGUUUGAGGUGGAAGUGUUCGAGCACAUCGUAGUGGAAUACAGGCACAACCUUAAAAAAAUCGGGGACGUCUCUGCUGGCUCUGGGACCAGACCCAAAGCCAAAAGGCCCAAAAGGCCAAGCUAUGAUUUCGAUUUGAACGGCAGCAGUUGCCUGAAAUAUCUUUUGGAAAUGUGGGGUGAAUCCCAUAGUUGAUUUUGUCGCUAACUAAGGUGUCACACUUUGGAAAAAGAAUAUAGAAAAAAAAAGAAAAGUUCAAAUACAAGGGAAAAUGAAAGCAAAACAAACUAACCAACUGAACGACAUUUAACAACAAAAUCUGACAAACAAAACAGGUUGGCAGGGAAUAUUGUAUUUUCUUAUGAUAUUUCGGCAGGGGGCAGCUGUAUUAUUCUUUGGAAGCUUUCAGUUCAACCAAGGAGUUAAAAUAGAGUAAAUCUGAACGUAGCAGUUCCAGUUGCUCCAACACCUUAAUAGUGUUAUAACUAACUUGGGCUGCCAUUUUGGACUUGUGUUUCAACUAAAUCAGUUACGUCUUUUUCGAUUUGGGCUUUCAAAGCCAGCCUGACAAAAUGGGAUAGACACCAAAUGAGUGCAGUUCGGUUUCAACCAUCCCUCUCGGUGGUUUCGGUGGCAUUUUCUGCGGACCAAAUCUUACAAUUAAUUUUUGAGAAAUCCAACACGAAUUAUCAAUUCCCAUCAAUUGAAGUACAAUAGCUCGGAUGUACCAACCUUUUCACAUGGAGGUUGAACUUUAGACGGAGGAAUGAUCGGUUUUAAUCCAAUCUUUUCACAUGUUGCCACAACUUCUUGGCUUUGGAGUACAUCUAAAAGUAGGUCUUUUAGACAUAAAAGGAAGAUUUGUUCUUUACGUACCAAUUCUUC